GGGCCCUCAGGUCAAAGUAAACAAACGCGAGCCCUUCUGUCCAAUCACUAUCACGCCCUAGGAUUUUUGCAAGGUUGCGCCUACCACCGUCACGAAUUGCCCUGCACAACACGGCUGUUGAUCCUUUUCUACCCAGCCCGAGUCCUUGCUUUGACAGUCAAGAGCGAUACAGCGAUACAUGCUCAUUCCAUUUCGACCCUUUCGACAAAAGAUCAUGCGCUUCAUUUCUUGAAGUCCUGACUCUGACCCCUCCACGUCAUUCCCAAUUCGAGCCGACAAGGUCGCGCCUGCUCCCGCUUCGCGCGUCGCCAUCCACCAUCCCUUGCCCCAAGUGGCAAGCUGCGACACUCCCGUCACCAUAAACCCUCACCUCACCAUAAAUAUUCCAUACUGCCUUGCCUAAGCUGCGGGCGCCGAAUCGCAAAAAUGGCUGCGACGAUGGCUCCGAAUGAGCGGUAUUUUGUAUACGAGAAUCGGCUAGCCACUUUCCAAGCUCCCCAGCCUGUCGGAAAGCGGAGGGACUCGCACGCAGGCUCACGGGCUCCCAAGUCGCUGCACUGGCCGCACAAGUCGCUCUCGCCAGCUUCGCUCGCAAGCGCAGGUUUCUUCUUCGACCCUUUCCCCGAGAGCCUUGACAAUGCGGUCUGCUUUCUGUGCAACAAGGGCCUCGACGGCUGGGAGGAAGACGAUAACCCGUUAGAGGAGCACUUGAAGCAUUCGCCGAAUUGUGCCUGGGCCAUAAUGGCUGCCAUCGAGGCCGAGCUGGGCGACUACGGGACAGUGCAUCCCCUCGAGCCUGCCAUGGUCGAGGCGCGGAAGGCCACAUUUGGAGGCCAGUGGCCCUACGAAAGCAAGAAGGGUUUCAAGUGCAAGACCAAGCAGCUUGCCGAGGCUGGCUGGAAAUACACCCCGACGCUUGAAUCGGAUGACAUGGCAACCUGUGCCUACUGCCAACUCGCACUUGACGGCUGGGAAUCCGGCGACAAGCCAAUUGACGAACACUACAAGCGCUCUUCCGACUGCCCGUUCUUUGCCCUAAUCAGCCAGUACCCCGCCCCCAAGAAGGCAGGACGAGCCAGAGCUGCUACAGUCUCUAAAGCGGUCCGGCUCUCGAAUCAAUCCGUCGCGACUGUCGCCACUGGUAUUUCCGAUCAGGCAUCAGCCGCUGAUGUCACUGCCGACCACGACGACAGUGUGUUGACCACAGCGUCCACCAUGACACAGGGCGGCAAGAAGGCGCUAAAGGCGAGGAAGGCCGCUACCGCCAAAGGGCGUAAGACAAAGGCCAAGAAGGAUGAAGCCGUUGAGAUUCUGGAAGACGAGCCAAGAGAAACUCGAGAAACCCCACAGAAGCCAACAAGAGGACGCAAGCGCGCCAGUGACGCGAUGGAGGACUCGGUCGUCACCAACUCGGAGGCGCCUGCUGCAAAGAAGCGUGCCACACGUGUUCGCAAAAGCAAUGCUGUGGACAACACUAAUACGACCAUGGCGGCGCAAGAUGUUGAGAUGACGGAUGCGGCGCCUGCACAACCGCUGGCCCGCCAAAAGAAAGGACGCGCCUCCACCGCGAAGACAACGCGUAAUGCCUCGCAGUCAUCACUCAGGUCCCAGGCUUCGACGGCAUCCUUACGCAGCCACAAUGAUGACGACGAGAUUGACCGCCAGCUCCAGGCCGACCUUGAGAGAGCUUUUACCGACGAUGAGGAUCUUGCGGCCGAUUCUGAGGCCGAGAGAAAGAAGGCACCAGCACCCGCCAGAGGACGGCCUAAAAAGGCGGCGGCAACUCGUAAAGCAAGUGCCCAGACGACACAAAAGGCACAGCAGAGCAAGGCAUAUGCCAUGUUCGACCCAACACCAGUUGUGCCAGACGAGGCGCAGGUGGAAGCUGAGCUCAAGACGUUGGAGGCCGCUGCAGAGAGCGAGACAGCCGCGCCAGAGGCUGAGACGCUCGCAGUUCCCAAGAAGGGCCGUAAGGCAGGUACCCGGAAAGCAUCAAAACAGACGAAAAAGGCGAAAGAGCCUUUGCCGCCACCGGCUCUGGCGGAUGAGCAGAUAGAGGACGCUGCCACAGCUCCUCCGACCGUUGAGGAUGCAGCUCCGGAAGUCGGCCGACAUCUCGAGGAAGAUGCAGAACUCCUCGAUAACCCAGAUCUCAGCACUGGCACCGUGGUCACCAAGUCUGCCGGUCGCCCGAGUCUCGAGAAACGCGGGAGAGGACUUCCGCCCAAAACAUCCACAGCCUCGCAACCCGCCGUAGAGGCGCCAGAGCCACAAAUAUUGUCUGGCAUUCCUGUCCAGAUUGAGGUGCGUAUAGAGUCAUCUUAUACUCGCGAAUCACUACGCGCCCGCGAGUCGUUCUUGCCAGUCAAGGUAACACCAGCAAAGAUUGCUCGGAAACCUGUUGCUGCUCCAGCCCCAGUAGCUGCUACACCGGUCACAGCGCCUAUUCCGGCUACGGCACCUACUCCAGUCCCUCCUACACCGGCGAGGACCGAGAAGGCUCUCCCACCACCCCCGCCGCAGUCGGAAAGCCGGCUGCCCCGGCCGCCCACUACCCCUCGCUCACACGCCACCCCAUCCGCAUCAGCAAGGCAAGCUGCGAUCUCUCCUUCUCAAUCACCGCAAUCCUCGGAUGCAGAAAACCAUCCACCUUCCUCGAAGCCAGCCGCCAGCGCCAUGGCUACGCGCGUUGUACUGGCGCCGGUUGCAGCGACCCCUAUGCGCGGCUCCCCGUCCAGACGUAACAUCGUUGCUGGCCUCCAAAGCACAGCGCCAUGGUCUGCUGUCGACCUGGAGCUGGUUUUCUCCCCCACCAAGAUGUCUGAGAAGGAGAAUGGCGUCGAUAGGCUGCUACGCAAGGGCGGCGAGCUGACGAGUCCGGAGAAGCGGAUGACAGUUGAAGAGUGGAUAUAUCACAACGCCGGGCAGGCAGAGCAGAAGCUGAAGCACGAGUGCGAAGCCAUGGUCACGAUGUUUGAGAGGGAGGGAACCAGAGCCAUGCACACUCUGGAGGGCUUGGUCGUUGAGUGACAAAUGCUCCCGGAGGGCUUAGUCGUUGUGUUACAAAUCGCGAGGCUAUGAUUAGGAUGAGGGUUCAUUAGAAGGAAAUGUUUUUAAGGAGUGGCAUUUGGCGUUUGAUUAUCUAGGCAUUAGGUCUAGACGGUGGGCAUCGGCGUCUUGGUUCAUGUCUUCAUUGGGUGUUAAGUUUAUCUCUGGGCUGUUUCGAUUUACUAUUAGGCGUACGGGCCGUCCUCAUAAGCAAUCAACUUUGGCAGGGUAAUCGAUAUACUUGGCAUCAGUUGGCACUCAUUGCUAAAGGGAUGCCCAAAGACUUCUACAGCGGGAUCCGCGGAGUCGUUAAGGUCGGUCAAUUGUACCAGCAUGUGAGAUACCCGUAGGCAGUCACUUGCGGGGGGUCAGACGGUCAGCACAAGUACCUCCUGUCUGUCUGUUUAUU